GAGAGGAGAGGAGAGGAGAGGAGGAAAGUUUCCUCCUUUCUUGUUCCAAUCCAACUUUUACUUCUUUUGGCUUUUUCGUUACCGCGUGAUUACGAGUCUCUUCGUCCUUAUCAACACUCUCAUUUUCCUUCUUUUCCUUUGAAAUUUCCUUACUGGGUUUUUUUUCUUUUUUUUUCUGUUUCAUACGUGUGAGAUUGGUUACUUAAAACGCGUUCUCAUGAUAUCAUUAGCAUUAAGAAAGAGCAGAGGGAGAGUAAAGUAGACUCCUUUGGGGAUGGUGAUGGAGAAUGGGCAUGAGGAGAUACUUGCUGAGAGAUUUUCUCAAGUGGGUAUUGAAGAUUCAUCACUCUUGCGAGAGAAAGACUUUAAAAAUGAUAACUUGUUGCAGAUCAUCAAAGCUGUUGAAGCUGCUGAAACCACCAUCAAACAGCAGGUAGAUGAGAAUAGCCGUUUAAAGGCUGAACUUGAGAGAAGUACUCUGGAGCUUGCUAAGUAUAAAUCAGAUGAAUCCUUGUUACAAACAUCUGAUCUUGGAGAUCACACAAAUACUACUACUGUCUCUCGCUUGGUUCACCAGCCAGUUGAAAGGGAGGAGACUGUGAUUAAAGCUUCAGAUGCUGAUUCAUUAGGCAUUGUGGUUGUUCAUCCCCAUGUGAAUUCUAAUGGCGAAGAAGCUAGUUUGAGUAAUCGUUUUGAGAGUCCCUCUGAGGAGAUUAUGGUUAAUGGCGUUGUCAAAGAAGCUAUAAGUGGUGCUAGUCCCUCUGAGUUUCAAUUUUCACCUAUAGCAUCAUCAUCUCUUGUGAGAACGCAGUUGGAAGGAGCGAAUGUCACACAAUUUAAUUCAUCUACUCAUCUUAUGCCGGUUGGAGAAGUAAAUGAUUCAGGCAAUGCGUGGAAGCAGGACCUGAUUCACAAGGUUCAGGAAAACGAACAAAAAAUUAUGCAGUUGAGGAGAUAUCUUACUGACUGUUCUGUUAAGGAAGCUCAAACUCGCAAUGAAAAAUAUCUUCUGGAAAAGCGAAUUGCCUACAUGCGUCAGGUAUUUGAUCAACAGCAAGAAGAUCAUGUUGACGCCUCAUCAAAAGCUCUCUCUUACAGACAAGAGAUAAUUGAAGAAAAUAUACGCCUAACAUAUGCCUUACAGGCUACAAAGCAAGAGAAAUCUACAUUUGUAACAUACUUGUUGCCUCUUUUAUUAGAGUAUUCUCUACAACCACAGGUUUCUGAUGCACAGUCUAUUGUUAGCAAUGUGAAGGUUAUAUUUAAACAUCUACAAGAGAAGCUCCUUCUUACUGAGGCAAGGUUAAAGGAGUCAGAAUAUCAAUUUGCACCUUGGCAGUCAGAUGUGAACCGCUCAAAUGAUUCUCCUUUAGCCUCUUCGCGCGCAGCUGGUGUAGCUUUAACUCACUCUACGAAGGAUUCUCUAUAUGAUCAAAGAGCUAUGGAGUGGGAUUCUAAGCGCUGGCAGCAAGACGAGCCAGGUAGCUCAAGUAUGAGUAGUUUCCAAUUUGAUGAUUCUAGAAGGUUUUCACCUCUAGUGAACUGUCAGUCUCCAGGUUUUAAGAUGCCUCAGCAACAACUAGGUACUACUAGUGAAGAUGAAUCUCGUGGUUGGAACCAAGUAGAGGACACUCCAACUAAGCAUGUUCAGUUUCUUGAGCCUCUUAGUAAGAUAGUGAUGGAGGAUGCAGAAGGAGAGUCAGAUACCAAAAAUCCACCUGCGUUUGAUGAUCCUAGCUCCUCAACUUCUCCUUUUUUGUCCCCUGUUCAAGAAGAACCGUCUUCCUCAUCCGAGGAGGCUGAGGAUGAUGAUGACCCGCUACCAGCUAUAGAAGACCUCCAAAUUUCAGGAGAACCUUAUCCUGGACAUGAGCUUCAGGCUUGUGGUUACUCUGUUAAUGGAACAACAAGUUGUAAUUUUGAGUGGGUGUGUCAUCUAGAAGAUGGAUCUGUGAAUUACAUUGAUGGAGCAAAGCAGCCAAAUUAUCUUGUCACUGCUGAUGAUGUUGAUUUACAUCUUGCUAUUGAAGUUCAGCCUUUGGAUGACAGGAACCGCAAGGGGGAGCUUGUCAAAGUCUUUGCCAAUGAUAAUCGGAAGAUAGCUUGCCAUCCAGAGAUGCAGAGCCAUAUAGAGAAGACUCUUCAUAGUGGUCAUGCUUCAUACAAAGUUUCUGUUGCGACGGGGUUCUUAGAUAUAUGGGAAGAAGCUAUGUUAUCUAUUAAGAGAGAAGGUUACAGUAUCAAGUGUAGUAACGAUAUCAUGGUUGCAGAAAAGUUCUCAUCUUCAACUUCUGUAAGACUUUUGCCUUAUUUGUUUCUUUGAUUGGUUUUCUGAUUGAUUUAACGAGUAUUGUAAUCCUUCUUAUGAUUCCUCUCUAGGUAACAAUCCCGUUUGGGCAGCCUGAAGCAUUUGUUAUAACUGGUUCUAAUGGUAAUGAGUAUACCUUACGAGCAGAUCAUGGAUCAGCAGACCUUAGCUGGUAAUUAGAACUCAACUCUUUCUUAAGUUAGUUUCAAAGGCCGGUUUGUAUCAAUCAGCAUAUGCAUCUCAGUUUUGUUCCAUUGGUUUGUAAGCUUGUCUAAACUUGAUCAAGAUCAUUCAGUAUAUGUUUGGUCCUACUCUAUUGAUGAAUCUCAGUAAAGUGUAGGGGAGAGAAUCACACUGUGAUCCAAUAAAUGAGACGGUCUUGUGUGUUCCUAUUGUUCAUUCUGUGUCUGUUUCAUAUCCCCAUUAUAAGAUAUUGAUAUUUUUGUUGUCUUUGGCAGCUCAAGAGAUGCAAUAGUACUCACCCUGAGAUUAUUUACCAUGAGGGCUCUGCAGAGGAAGAAGGGAAAGAAGAAAGGGUUUUUGUUUAGCAAAUGAGAGACUUUUGUAUAUAGAUUUUACUAUUUUUUUGGAGCUUAUGUCAGCUGCAAAUCAUUUAAGAUUCUUGAGCUUUAAGGCCUUGUCAAACCAUUUAUUCAUGAGAAAUGAAAUAAAAACUUUGUUUCUUUGUAUGUAUAAGAACCUCACUAAAGUCAACACUUCAUCACUGCAGAUAUCAAUGCCUCUGCAGUUACAUUACAUUACAUUGUAUAUUAUUAUUUAUUAACCUGUUUUUGAUUACACUAAACAAUAAACCAG